AUGCUCGUUUUUGUGAAGAAUGAGCACGGUGAAACGUUGUCAAUUGAUGUGCAAGCAAAAGACGAUGUUCGAGCGUUAUGGAACGAAAUCCAAGCGGAAGUCAAGGACCGCGAUUUGUCAAACGCUAGACUUCUAUUUAAUGGCGUCGAGUUGGAGGAUAGCAAACCAUUGAAGCAUUAUCAAAUCGAAGAGGCGUCUGUGAUACAUCUUGAGGGAUAG